AUCCACAUAUCCGCUAAAUCUGUACAUACCUGUCAAAGGCCAACAACAUUACAUAAGAAACGCAGGCCUCCGCCCGCCAGUUCCGCUUACGAACGUGUAUGAGCAAAUUCUAAUGUAUCCAUCUACACUGGUGUCUUGAUUAUAAAGCACUCGCCAAAAAAUGCUGGAACCUAGUCGACGGUGCCCGUCUCGGCGCGGAGUUGUUCUGGCACAAAUACUGGGCGGCGCACGCCAUAAAGCAAUGCACAACAGACUAGGAUGCACGCUCGUAGCGCUGAUGCUUGCUACAGUAACGCUGUUCCAACCCGGGCAUGCACAGCGCGUGGCUGCGAGCCCGAAAUCAAAACCCAACAUCAUCUUCAUCAUGACCGAUGACCAAGACUAUGUGCUGGGCAGCACGGAUGCUAAGUGGAUGCCCUCGCUGGACAAGUACCUGCGCAAGCAGGGUAUGGAGGUGCCCAAUUUUGUCACAUCCAUCGCCAGCUGCUGCCCUAGCCGCACUAGCUUCUUCACUGGCAAAUACUGCCACACCACCAACAUCACCAGCAAUGGCAACUUGCGAGGCAGUGUGACCAAGAUGAUGGGGCAGGACCUCGACCACGACUACCUGCCGCUGUGGCUGCAGGAUGCCGGCUACAGCACCUACAUGGUUGGGAAGUUCCUCAACGGCUUCACCUACAAGGCAGUGAAGAAGUUUGGGUGCCCCAAGGGCUGGACGGUGGCCGACCCGUUGAUUCAGGACUUCACCACGGAUUCGGAGUACGAAUUCAGCGAAGACUAUCCGCGGGCCCCCAACUACAUGACCAACUGCCAGGGCGAGGUGCAGACGUACUUUGGCGAUUACCACGAGGAGGUGAUCCGGAGCAAGGCUCUCACCUACCUGGACGACGGCGCGGCCAGUGGCAAGCCCUUCUUCCUGUACAUCUCCACAGUGGCCCCCCACGACGCCAAGGGACCGGGCGCCUACCCGCAGGUGCCUCCUGCGUACCGGGACCUGUUUCCCGGAGUAAAGGCUCCGCGGACCGGCAAUUGGGGCAAGCCGGUGCCGGCCGCCGUCGGCUUCAGCAAGCAGACCCCCAACGACUUCAACGUCACGGACAUCGACGGCCGCUACCGGGCGCGGCUGCAGUCGCUGCGCGCCGUUGACGACACCAUUGAUGCUGUUAUGAAGCGCCUGGCCUGCCAUGGACUUCUAGACAACACAGUCAUCAUGUACACCUCAGACAACGGAUUCAAACUGGGCAACCACAACAUGGCCCAGGAAAAGUUCACCUACUUUGAGGAGGACGUGCGCGUUCCCUUCCUGAUGGCCGGCCCGGGCGUGCCUCGCGGCGUGUACGUGCCCGAGGUGGCGGCGGCCAUGACCGACCUCACGGCCACCAUCGCGCACCUGGCGGGCGCCACCUCUGGUAACAUCUCUGUUGACGGCGCACCGCUGCCUCUCGACCGCAUCGCCGCCGCCUACCCCAGCCCCAACCAGCCCGGCGCGCCUGCCAGCCCGAUCAGGCCCGUGUGCCCAGGCCUGCCACCGCCGAGCCCCCAGCCGCCGCCGUCGCCUCCCUUGCCUUCCCCGCCGCCGGGCAAGCACGGGAAAGCGCCCAAGGUGCCGCGCCCGCCAAACCCGCCCUCGAAGCGCGGGCUGCUUGCCUCCAUGUAUGACGCGGGCUCUGGGUUCGACACGGUGGACAUGGAUGCGGUGGAUAUGAGAAGCGAGGAGCUGUCGGCGCAGACCGGUGGAGGCCUGCGGUCGCUGCUGCAGGCGGGGGCCAGCGGGGCGCCCGGGCAGCCGUACUACGGCAACUGGUCGAACAUUCAACUGAUAGAGGCGUGGCUGGACGGCAGCAUGAGCAACCUAGCGGGCAAGGACUACCGCGUGCUGCGUGCCUGCAGCCCCUUCCAGGCCUUUGGCGCGCCCAUGGACCCGCGCAGCGGCGGCCACACCUGCUACAAGUAUGUGGUGCUGUGCAAUUCCAGGAGCCUGGCCGGCCACGGCCCGGUUCGGCAGCUGUUCGACCUGGGGCGUGACGCCGUGGAGCUGCAGGACAAGUUUACACAGUUCAAGGCGCCGUACAACGGAAUCUUCAAGCGGCUGUACGACCGACUGGAUGCCGUACUAACCGUCAUGUCGUACUGCAGCGGCGCCACGUGCCGCAACCCCUUCAUUGUGAUCCACCCCGACGGCAGUGUGACCAACCUGGAACAAGCCAUGGACGUCAAGUUUGAUGACCUGUACGGCGGUUUCAAAAAGUUCUCGUACAAGCGAUGCGCACUCUACUACCACCCGCAGAACGAGAGCGCUGACCUGCGGCUGGUCCCCGAGGAGUACCGCACAUGGCUGGCAUGAGCAGGAGUGCAACCCUGGGCAUGAGCGACGGCGCGUUUCGAUGGACAGCGGAGAAAGCCAGGGGCCAGGGGUAAACCCCGGGAGAAAUGCGUGCGGAGGGGUUUGAGGAAAGCCUCGCCCCCGCCAGUGGGCUGUCGGCAACUGGAUGUUGGGCCUUGAAGCUAAAGUAGCUGCAGUAGCACUAGUCCCACGCACAAGGCGCGCGUUCUAGAACUUGAUGGCGUGCAGUCGUGGGCAAUGAUGUUUGGGGCUGUGCCCAGUAUAUGUGCUCAAUGAAUGUCCCCCAUUUGUGAACGCAGUACAAGUGACCGACAUGUGAUUCGUGCACGAAACGGGGCCUAGGGUAGCGCUGAGGUGUGUGUGGGCUUGCUGAUUGAGGAGACUUGCACUGGAGUGGCACCCGUGUCAAUGGUGCACUGGCGGCACGUGAAUGUGCGUAGAUUGUUAGGAAAGCACAAAGAGAAAGGUUCGAUACUGUGCAUGCUGUAGAUGUGUGUGUACGGGUAACCGUACGGAAAAGCCCACCAGAUGCAGUUGGAGGCUGGCAUCGUGGGCUAGCAUGGUGCGAGACCCGUUUGCCCCGUCCAUCCGAAGAUGUU